AUGCUACGAGUUAACACAUUAAGUAGAUGCUUGAAAGAAGUGAGAUUUACGAGACCACUACCUUUCUAUCGGUUCAAUUCAUCGUCAACUACAACCACAACUACAACUUCUUCUCCACCUUCGGUGUCGGUGACCAACAUUAAACGUGCCACAAAGAAUAUCCCCAAGAAGAAAAUUGGAGCUCAAAAACUUCGUCGUACCGAUGAUUCGAAAUUCCAACAUGAAUCAGCUAGUUAUAUCUUAUCAUUACUAAAUGCCAAUCGACAAGAGACCCCAUCCCCUAAAGAAUUGGAAAAAUAUUUAUCAAUAGUUACAUCAGUCACCGUUGGAGAUUCGAUUGAUUUUGAUAAAUUAUUAACUCAAAUCAAAGGAUAUGAAUAUCAAAUAGUGAUACCUGAAGAAGUUAUAAAUAUUCUGACUCUGACAACAAAUUUAAUGAUAUUAUCCAAUGGUACAUUAGUUGGAUGGAAUUUAACUGAAGAAGAAAUUGUUCAAUUUUUACCAAUAUUAGAAGAUGAUUGUAUUGAAAAUAAGUUUGAUGCUUUUGAAAGUGAAGAAAUUGAUUGGAUAGAAUUAAAACAACAAUUACCCCAAGAUCCAUUAAAUCAAGGUACAUCAUAUUUACAUGGAGAAAUCAUGGUUAUACAAGGUCCAACUAUGGAAAAAAGAUUAUUAGAUAUGGCCGCAUUUGCCGUUGGUUUAUCUCGAUCAACAAGAUUAUCAAUUUUAGAAACUCAAUUGGAAGAUUAUCUACAUUUAACUAAGAAAAAUUCGGAAAUAUUAGCUAAUGGGAAACAAAUCACCACCACUGAACAUGAAUUUUUAAAAAUCACGGGUCAAUUAUUUUUAUUAAGAGGGAAAUUAAAUCUUUAUAGUGAAUUAAUUGAUACCCCAGAUUUAUAUUGGAGUGAACCAACAUUAGAAAAAAUUUAUUAUAGUAUAUCGAAAAUUUUAGAUAUUAAUUCUCGAAUAUCAAUCUUGAAUAGAAAAUUAGAUUAUGCUACUGAAGAACAACGAGCAUUUUUAAGUGUAUUGAAUGAAAAAAAGGGGACAAGAUUAGAAUGGAUUAUUAUUUGGUUGAUUUUAAUUGAAGUUUGUUUUGAAAUAUUCCAUUUUUAUGAAAAAUAUGAAGAAAAACAAAAUAAGAGACUAAAUGUGAAAGAAGAUAGAUAG